AUGUUUCUUCAAGUAAUAUGGCUCUAUUUUGUGAGUUUAAGUUUUGAAUCUAGUUUUUUUAUAGAUAAUUCGCCGCUAGCUUGUAAGAUUUAAAAAAGGGACACUUGUAGAAAAACGCAUUUUCAAGCCGGCCGGUCGUAUUACGGUAGUCCAGCUAGGUUUUUCGGAAAUAAAAUGAAAACUUGUUUACUUUUGGUGACGUAUCUUGUACCCUCGAAAAAUAGGUCCUUAACAAAUUGCAAAAAAAAAAAAAUAGUUUUCUGGCUCCGAAACGCAAUACUGACCGGCCACCGGCCGCCGUAGCACUGUCUUAAACAUGCGUGGAAAAGAAGAGGUUUUUGUGAGCUGUUUUGAACCAAGCUAGCGUUGAAUGAAGUAUUCCAAGAGAAAAUUUUCCACUGAAGAUCACUGUUUCCAGUUAUCUUUACCGUUCGUAACUCUGACGUUGACGCUCUGCAAAAACCCUCGUCUUGAAACUGACGCGAAUGUGCGUAAAGUCUUUUACUCUUAUAGCUCAAUCGGCUUACUUUCAAGUUCGACCUCAGACGUCUUUUAAAAAAUUGUUUCUUCGACUUGCUUCUUCAGGUUGUUCUCAUCUCCGAAAAACAGGCUAGAAAAAAGUACCCGUCUAAAUCGCCACCACCAGUAUUGCCUACACCUCCUCAGAAACUGUAUGAUUUUUUUUAAUUAUUAUAGUUUCUUGAAAAAUCACUGCAACCAUUCGACAGCAAAGAAUUACGAAAAGACUACAAAUAAAUGAUUUGAGGACUCCUCCGAAAGACAUCCCUCUGGCGAGGUCGUGUGCAGACAAGAAUGCCGAAGACACUUUGGUGUACGUUUUUAUUCUUAAAAAAGACUUUUCCUCUCGAUUUUUCUGCUUUUCAGAAACGUUGCGUCUCUGGAAACGGAUAAGAACGAAUCUUUUAUAAAGCCAAUUAAGAAAGCAAAGUGA